GAUGCAUUUGCUGUACAUAUAUGAUUGAUUUAAAUUACUUAGGUAUAUAUAUUUACUCCAUAUGGAGGUGCUCCUACUUACAGAAGGCUGAUUCACCGAAGAAGAAACCGAGCGCCAUCUGUCGUCAUAAUGAUCGUUAGCAUAAUACAACAAUGACAAUUUACAAAUCGACAUUUAACGAAUCGACAAGUUACAAAACAUCAAUGUACAAAUUGACAAUUUACAAAUCUACAUUUAACGAAUCGACAAGUUACAAAACAUCAAUAUACAAAUUGACAAUUUCCGAAUCGACAUUUUACGAAUCUACAAGUUACAAAACAUCAAUAUACAAAUUGACAAUUUACAAAUCGACAAUUUACGAAUCGACAAGUUACAAAACAUCAAUAUACAAAUUGACAAAUCACACAGUUACAAGUUACAAAUUGACAAGUUACGAAGUAAGAAUUUUGACCCCGUUGGCUUUCCAUAUAUAUUAUCAUGUCCAAGAUUUAACCCAAGUUACUUUUCACCUUGUAACCAAUUCUUCGGGCUAGACAUUAAAUAUGGACCAACCUUUAUUUGUUAUACGUGGAAUGUUUGCACAUUCAACAAUUGAAAAUCCAUUAAUUGUUUUAGCAGAUCACAUCAUUGGAGUUUCUAACGGAAAGAUUGUAUUCUUUGAUCAAGCAGAUCAGUUAGACAAACACUUGCAACCAUUUGGCGGUAGAAGUAAAGUUAGCCUUACAGAACUCAAAAGAGGACAGUUUGUCAUACCAGGGUUUAUAGAUACACAUAUCCAUGCUCCUCAGUAUCCCAAUAGUGGUAAAGGAUUGGAUCUUGGACUUCUCGAAUGGUUGGAGAAGUACACAUUUCCCACUGAGGCAAAGUUUAAAGACCUUGAAUUCGCUGAACAUGUAUACGAAAAAGCAGUGAGACGUGUUUUACGAAAUGGAACAACGACAGCAUGUUACUAUGGUACAAUACAUACUGACGCCUGUAUGAAGUUAUGUGAUAUUAUAGACAAAUAUGGUCAGCGUGCUUUUGUUGGAAAAGUCAACAUGAAUCAAAAUAGUCCUGAGUAUUACAUAGAAACAGCCGAAGAAUCAACAUCCGAGACUGAGAGAUUUGUUGAUUCAGUGUUGGAGCGUAAGAAUCAAAGAAUACAACCAAUUAUUACACCACGUUUUGCAGCAUCUUGCGAUGACAAAUUGAUGAAUUCCCUUGCAAAGUUGGCACAUGAUAAAGGACUUCAUAUUCAGACUCACAUCAGUGAAACAAAAGAUGAGGUAGCAUGGAUUGGUAAUCUGUUUCCUGACCAUGAUCAUUAUGUAGACGUAUAUGACAAGGCUGGACUUCUGAGUAAAAGAACAGUUUUAGCACAUGGUAUUUAUUUAACAACAGAAGAGAGGAAAAUAGUGAAAGAUCGUGAAUGUGGUAUCUCUCAUUGUCCUAAUUCUAACACAUCAAUUCGUAGUGGUACGUGUGAUGUUAAACAACUGUUAGAUGAAGGUAUCAAGGUCGGUCUAGGAACUGAUUGUUCUGGUGGAUACAGCACAUCGAUGAAUGAUGCCAUGAGAUGCUGUUUGCAUGUGUCAAAUUUUCACGCGAUUCACACAGAGAAGAUCCAUAUAUCUCAUAGAGAAGCUUUCAUGAUGGCAACAUUAGGAGGUGCACAAGUGUUGGAUAUUGCCGAUAGAAUCGGCAACUUUGAAGUAGGAAAGGCAUUUGAUGCUCUUGUCAUUGACGUCACAAAAGAAGGUUCACAGAUUGAUAUCUUUGAAAAUGAUACAAUAGACGAUAUUCUUCAGAAAUUCAUCUAUUUAGGUAAUGAACAUAAUUUUACAAGGAUAUAUGUUGAUGGUGCGGAUGUUCUACCAAUGUUAUUAAAGGGAUCACAAAAGAGUUAAUUUUUCUGUGGAAACAAUCAAACAGUAUUACUACUUAAACUCAGAGUGAAAGCCAACUACAUGAAAAUCAGAUGUAUAUACAUACGUGGCUUUUAAUCAGUAUCUUAUGUUACACGAACAUUUUUUUCUUCAUGUUUUACGAAUACUACCUCGUGGAAAUAUAUGUAUUUCUAUUAUAUCAUUCUCAGUUUGUCAACGAAAUAUCUUCAAAGUUAACGAAUAAAACUAGUUAUGGGAUUUAUGUCAGAUAUCUUGUGCUAUGAAGAAUAUAGGGAAAUUGAUGAAACACUUGAAAUCAAAUUGUGCAAAGUGUGAUUCAACGAAACAGCUCUGUUUAUAAUGUAGUUAUUCAUCUACAUAUGUUUCAUGUGAAUACUUCAACAUCAAUAUUCCUUUGGAAUCCAACUUUUAAUGGAGUUCUUUAUUCUCCGAACAAUGAACUAAGACAUACAAACUGAUCUUUUUAAUUCAUCUUUAACUUGGCUUACAACGCGAUGCAAUAAUUCAUUAACCAGAUUCGAUGUCAUUAACUAAUGAAUACGUUAGGCGUAUUAUAUAUAUAGGCAGUAUACUGAAGUUAUUUAUGCAAGAAUUUGUAUUUAAUCAAAAAUUAUAAUCAGUGUUUGGCUCAGUACGAAAAAUGUCUAUGUUGCAGAUGAUUUAAAAAAAUGACAUAUUCGCCUAUUUUUGUAUAGAAAUUUUGACUUUCUCCAAGUUUUUACCUCCAUAAUGGUCUUCAUAGUCUCACUGCGAUAAGAGUAGAUGAUAGUUCAAACGUUUUUCACUCUCAUAUUUAUGUGUUCACCUGAUCUGUAACUGACAUAUGUAUACUACGGUGUAUUUUUACCUGUGCCACCGAUGGUGGAAGCAGGUCUGGUAACCUCAUCACGUUGUCCAUCUGAACGAAAACCUUAGAGGGUAUCGACUUAAUUUGCAUCACCCAUUACAUCAAAAGUUUUCCGCAAUUAAAUUUGAAUAUUUUUAAGAAUUUAAAGUUCAGGAAAAAUUGCCUUUAGAAGAUUUUGACUAUAAUUCUUUUAAGAUUCCUUUUAGUCAUAUAGCUCAAGGGUUAUGCAUCCUGAACAUUCAUGUGUUUGCGGGGCCUGCGGAAGCGAGAUAGGGAUUCUUCAUUCCGUCGUCGGCAACGUCUACAUCUAGGUAUAUUAGGUUCAUUUACUUUGUCAAAGCUUCAUGGAAUUUUGUAAAACUUGGACAGACGCUUUUAUGAUCAAAACUGAUAUCCAGAACAACAGUUUAUUUUUUUUUUGUGUUUCCAUUUUGUACCGAUACCUUGACUUAAUUGUUGGUUUUUUUUUGCAGUUAAAAUUUAGAUACAGUCUAAAGUAAAAGAUUUGAAGACACCAAUAACUUUGUAAAGCUUUCAUGGAAUUUUACAAAGCUUGGCCACAUGCACUUCCAUUAUCUGAAGACAGUAUCCAGAGCAACAUUUUCCCCCAUUUGAUCCCAAAUUUUCCCCUCUGUUACUACAAAAUGAACAAAGCUUUUGUAGUUUACAUUUAGAUACAGUUAGGAGCAGUAUUGAGUUAAAGUUUAUAAAUAAUCAUUAACUUUGUAAACCCUAAUAGAAUUUUAACAGCUUGGAAAGAAGCUUUUUUUAUGAUUAAGAGAUGACACUCAAGCAAAAUGUUUGCUGACUGGACAUAAGCUUUAUUAUGAUAAAGAAAUAGCAUAUAAAGAAAAAAUAGAUUUGUUUUUGGUUUUCAAUAUCUUUCUGAUAAAUUGACUUAGGUUUUAAAAGUAAACAUUGCAUUUUUUAACUGACAGCAGCCAUUGCAAGCGAGUCAAUUGCAAAUGAUUCUGUGGAACCCUUUACGAUUUUUUAUUUGAUUUUAGUGGUCCGGAUGGGUAAAUACAGCAACCGCUUUGGACGCAUCAAAUGUAUUAAGUGGUAUAUUUUUUUCUAGACUUUGAAAAAAACCGAACAAUUUAUACAUUUCAUACGUUCAAAACGCUUUCUGCAGUUACCUACACCAGGAACGCUCAAAGCCGAGUAUGUUAAAGUCGAGGAUGCAACAGUUGCAGAGCGAUAUGAGCAAAAAGCACCUAAAAUAGUAGCCAUCUAUGCUCAACAUUUGCCUCAGGGAGGUGGGACCGUUUUUUCUUCAGAAAGGUUGAUUAUAAAUCCUGUCAGAUGAACUGAUGAUACCGUCGGUGACUCAUAGUCUAACAGUAGCGAUAUCGACUAAGUGCUGUAAAAAACUUUAUAAAUGUCAUGCAUCCGAAUCGCUUUUCUGGAUUUACCUUCAUCAGGAACGCUCAAAGCCGAAUAUUUGAAAGCCAAGGAUGUAUAAGAACAGACACAGUUAUAGAGUAAUACAAUGUUUGACCAACAAAAAAACUGAAAAUAGUAAUCAAAUCCAUCUUUGCCUGAGGGAGUUGAAACUUUAGUUUCUUACUAAUUUAUAAACAGACAAUUUAAGAAAGAUUUGUUAUAAAUCAUUGUCAUUACCAAAAUACUGACUACUGAGCUGAUGAUACCUGCGGGGACUGAUAGUCCAUCAGCAGCGGUAUCGACCAGUGCUGUAAAAUCUGAAAACAACACUUGAUAAAUUUCGUGCGUCCGAAACAACAUUCUUGAUUUACCCUCAUCAAGAACGCUCAAAGCCGAAAAUGUUAAAGCUAAGGAUACUGACUUGACAUAUUUUAUUUUUUUUUAAAUGUUCUGUUCCAAGUCAGGAAUAUGGCAGUUGUUAUUUACAGUAUGUUGGCGUUUGCUUUUGUUGUAGUUCAGUGUUUCUGUUGUUCCCGUGUUUUCCUCUUAUAGUUGAUAUGUUUCCCUCGGUUUUAGUUUUUUACCCGGAUUUGUUUUUGCUUAAUCGAAUUAUGACUAUUGAACAGCGAUAAACUACUGUUGCCUUUAUUUAUAAACAUCAAUAUCUAUUAUUGAACGGGUGUUAUCCUCUUUUGAACAUAUUUUGUUCUCUUAAUGUCCUUUUGUAUUUUGUUGUGGUUAGGUUUGUGUCUCAUUGAUGUAUAUCUGCUUUUAUGUAUCUGCAUUUUAAUGAAUAAUGUAUUUUGUUCUAAUGACAUACAUUGUAUAACCAAAUACUUCAAAAUAAGUCUUUAAGCUAUGAGAUUGAAAGAAGAUAACAACAUGUGCAUUAAAGUUAUAUAUAUAUAGAUUGAUGUAUUAACCUUCUCAAAAUAACUAAAGGUAAAAAUGAGUAAACGGACAUUAUAUAAGCAGUAUGAAAAAAUAAUUUCUUUUUUGAUUUACGCAAUCGUUUUAAUUUAUGACUACAUUUUAUACGGUUAACAGAUCUCAAUAGAAAUAAAAAAUAGUUAAAUGAA